AUGAAGAGAGUAGGAUCUUUGGAAAUGAUGACGGUGGUGGAGGAGAAUAGUGGAUGUUCUACUCCAAAACACCCGCGGAUACCAGAGCCGGUGGUAUGUCCACCGCCACCAAAGAAGAAGCCUUUGGAGUUUUGGAAAAAGAGGGACCCGCCCAAGGAUGGCUAUUUCAAGCCUCCUGAACUUGAUCUUCUUUUCCCUAUGGUUUCAAGACGACAGGCUUGUACUUAG